AUGCCUGAAGAAAUCCAUGAUAAUGACGCUACUGUGAAUCCACAGCAAGAGACAUUACUUACCUCUACCGAGGAAUCAGGAACAUCGAUACCCGUUCCUGAAUCAAACAAUACCAUCGAUGAUAUAGGAUUAGACGAUAAUGAUGGUACGGUCAGAGAUCUAGAGAUGAAUAGACUAGAAGAUGCAGAAGGUUCGACAUCUGGUGUCGAUGAUGGCUUGUUACCACAACAAUUUAGAGCAAGGGCGGCAAGACAAAUUGAUAAUAUUGGUAGACAUUUUAAUAUAUUAGAUAGAGUAUUCAGAAGACGACCUGAAGGUGAAUCAACACUUGCCGGUAUAGCAUCUAGCUUUGAUGGUGUCUUCAGUAAUCUAACGGCCAAGCCUGACAAUAAUGAAGACGAGAGAAAUGCUCAAAAUGAUGCGUUACCAUCUUAUGACGAAGCUGCAGCCGAUAAUGUUCCAUCAUAUUAUGGUAUGGAUUUGAGUAACUCUGACAUGUAUGUGGACGAAAUUUGUAUCGAGGGUUUACCAGUGGGUAACGCGGCAAAUCUAUUUUGGAAUAUUAUUGUCAGUUCAAGUUUCCAAUUCGUUGGAUUUUUAAUAACUUAUAUUUUGCAUACGUCACACGCCGCUAAACAAGGUUCCAGGUUUGGAUUAGGUCUAACUUUUAUAGGAUAUGCUUACUCUAUGAUUCCGAAUAAUGUUACCUCUAAAAUAGGUAAAUACAAGACAAUUGAUAGAUACCAAUUAAAUGAUCCUAACUCAUACGAUAAUCUGGAGAUUGAUUCCGAUUCUGUAACACAGGAUCACUUUGAAUCUAGUUUGAAUCAUGGCUUUGAAGAAGAGAAGCAGAGCUUACCUACUUUAGCUGUGCUCGUUGGGAUACUGGGUGCAUUUAUCACCAUCAAAAGUUUUGUAGACUAUAUCAAAGUAAAAAGAAUGGAACGUAGAUACGUUUCACAGGAUAGAUAUUAA